UACAGCAGCUGGCAUCCACAGUGUUGCAUUACUGCCAUCUACAGGUUUCCCUUUGAGCGUGCACUGACAGUUCCAUCAUUCUGUCAAUAAACGAACAGCUGAUCACACCGAGGUGCUCGCUGAGCGCCAAUAUUUAUUAGUCUGGUCCUGCGUUUCCUUUCCUUCGUAUAUAACAUAACGUUUUUUCUUCUCGCUUUCUGUUACUGUAGUCGCUCUUUCACGUUUCAUUCGCACACUCACGUCCUCCAUUUUUCUCUCCUGUUUCAAAUUUGUAUCCCACAAUGCCUUGCGUGAACUGGGAAAGCCCACCACGUGAUGCAUGAUGUAGUAUCUUGAAUUGGGUCAUGGUGAAGCAGGAAAAAAUAGCGGAGAAUUUAGGGUCAUGUGGCGCUCAACUCAUUAAUUAUUCUAUUUAAAAAAAAAACUAAUAAAACUGGAAGUCUGUGAUUCGAAUUCAGUAGCUUUUGGUCACUAAACAAAAAUAAUUGGGUGUCGGGGAAAAUUCUUUUUAUGACCUACACUUGAAAAAUCUGAAAGGCAGUGCAGCUUUAUUGUUGAACAGUCAGCCAAAUAAGCGCAAUGAUAACGAAUGAAUGGAUGAAACUCCAGCACAUAAUUAUUUCUAUAUUUACCAACACUUACUGACCAUUAGCAUUACAAUAUCUCUUUUGUCUUCUUCAAACAUUUUUGUCCUGACAUUAUUGUGCAAACAAAAGAGUACAAGGCUACAGUAUACCAUGUAGUGCUGCUGAUAACGUUUAUUCUUUAUACUCUUACACAGAUGAGCUCAUACUAAGAUAAAGAUAAGCAUGUGUGGAGUUUAAUAAUCAUUUAUCCAGAAGUAUCUGGAGGCUUGACGCGUCAAAUGAUCCUUUAACUGGGAAGCAAGAAAAACAAUUUCACACAUGACUGAUUUCACAAUAAAAGAGCACACACAAGAGAGACAACAUAAAUGUAAUAAGAGUCAGUGGCAGAGAUAAUUACCAGAUUGAUGUUGGAAUACAUACAGACUAAUGUGCUAUUUGUUAGAAUGAAAAUGUGUGGAUAUAUGAAGCAUAAAAUGGCUAAAAAGAAAGAAAAAAUACUGUAUUAUAAUUGCUGAGUAAUUGAGUUUAGAAAGUGCUAAACUUCCCAACUGUCUAAAAACAUAAGUUGUAGAAAAAUGUGCUUGAAUCCACAGUGCUGAAACAUCCUCGCUGCAAUACUUCGAGCAUGAUUAUUUGAUGAAAGGACACGGUCUCAGUUUCUGUCUCUGUUGUUCUGCACCUGACCUGACGUGCUCAAUAAUUCAGUAGGCCGGUGAAGAGCGAAUGAGCCGUCUACACCAUACAGGGAGGGAACGCCAAUGGCAGGGGGUUUGCAGUCCUCAACUGUCAAACAAGGUGUAUAACAUCAAAAAUACCCGCUUUGGAAACAUGGAGGAGUGCUCGAAGAAGACGGGGCCGAGACACGAGGGUAAGCCGAGGAAGGUGAGGUUCAAACUGGCGUCAUCGUACAGCGGACGUGUGCUGAAGCACGUGUAUGAGGACGGCCAGGAACUGGAUAGUCCUGAGGAGAAGUAUCCUCACAGCUUCAUCCACACAAAGAUCCCUCAGCACCUGGAUGUGGAGCAACUUUGUAGCUUUGAGGAGGUCCAGGAUCAGGAUGUAGAGCCUCCUACGGGUCUUAUAGCCCAGCGCAUCAACGUGUACCGAGCAGUGGGUGACUUCAGGCCUGUAACAUCUAGUGAGCAACAAGGUGACAAAGCACCGGUUUUAGACUUCGAAAAGAUCAUCAUCUACACCAGCAACCUGAAGAUCAUCCGAUCUCCGAGUAAAAAAGCUGAGAGUGGUGUAGUCUACCAUCACAGUCGAGGAGAACGACGAGAGGGUUCUCCAGGCCGGGAGUGCAGAUCCAAAGGGAGACGCAGAACAAAAAGUGUCCGUAAGGAGGAACGAUGUCCUGCUCCCAAGGAAGAGGAGACCGACGGCUGUGAGCAGUGCGGAGGUUCUGGUACCGCUCCGUGUUCCCUCUGCCAUGGCAGUAAGCUGUCCAUGUUGGCCAAUCGCUUCAACGAGUCUAUCCGCGAGUUACGCUGCCCCGCCUGCGAUCCCCACGGCUUAGAGCCGUGUCAGUCAUGUGUCCAGUAGACUUUUAGAUACUGUGCAGUUCUACCAAACGCCCUGGACAGCUAUAAACAAAACAGGUUUGGAAGCUGAAUGUGCACUUCUGACCAGGAAUCAUAUUUAUAAUGUUGGUAAGAGAGAAAUGUGUAAGAAUCCAGUACCAUGAUGGAGAAAACACUGAGGAGGGAAACGGAUCUGAAUCUGAUGGUUAUUUCCUGUUAGCAUAAGUUUCUGUGUGUAUAAGGAAUUAUUUAGUGCAGGAUCAGUACAUUUAUCAACAUUUUUUAUAUAAAAUAAGCUUUCAAAAUGUCCAGUGAAGUCUUAAAGUGGUAUUUAAAAUAUUUAGAAUACCUUUAAAUAAAAUAUUUGUUUUGUUGUUCUGGUAGCAUCUCCUGUCCCAUGAGGUGAUCGUUUCAUGUAUCAGGAUGAAAAGAUGAAAAGAUGAACCUGACAAAUAGUUUUUCAAAUUAUUGUUUUCUCAUGGGAUAUGGACAUGAUCACAUAUUUGUUCAAUAAAU